GGGCUGACGCGGGCGGGUCGGUCACCUGUUGAGGUGGAGGCAGCGCGGCACCUCAUUGGCUCCGGCUGCCCCGGGCCGCGGUGCCUGCGCGGCGGGGAAGGGGUUAACGCCGGGGCCGCGGGCGGCGCCACCUGAGGAGGAGCCAGCAGCGCCGCCCGGCUGGGCCGGGACAGGGGCUCCGCGACCGCCCCAUGGAGAGCGGGGGCGCUGGCUGCAGCCGCUUGCCCGGCCCGGCAGGCAGCGAGCGGGAGCCGCAGCCCGGGGAGGAGGCGCCGCCGCCGGAGGCCGAGUCCGACUGGAGCUUUAUCGACUGCGAGAUGGAGGCGGUGGCGCUGCAGGACCUGCCCACCGCCACCAUCGCCUGCAACCUGGACCCGCGCCUCUUCCAGGACAGCCUGUGCCGGGCCAAAUUUGAAUCUCUCUUUAGAACAUAUGACAAAGAUAUCACCUUUCAGUAUUUUAAGAGCUUCAAAAGAGUACGAAUAAACUUCAGCAACCCUUUAUCAGCAGCAGAUGCUAGAAUCCAGCUACAUAAGACAGAAUUUCUUGGAAAGGAAAUAAAACUGUAUUUUGCUCAGACUUUGCACAUUGGAAGCUCGCGUUUGGCUCCACCAAAACCAGACAAACAGUUUUUGAUUUCACCUCCAGCCUCUCCUCCUGUUGGUUGGAAACAAGUAGAAGAUGCUACGCCAGUCAUUAACUAUGACCUUCUCUAUGCUAUCUCCAAGCUAGGGCCAGGAGAAAAAUAUGAACUCCAUGCUGCAACUGACACUACUCCCAGUGUUGUUGUCCACGUAUGUGAGAGUGACCAGGAAAAUGAAGUGGAGGAGGAAGAGGAAGGCACGAAGAAACCCAAACCAAAAAUUAUUCAGACAAGAAGGCCGGAGUAUACUCCUACUCAUUUAAGUUGAAGUAAUUCUAACUUUCAAGGGUUUCAAGUAGACAUAUACAAGAAAAAUGCUUACUAUGGAAGUGUCAGGUCACAAUUUUGGUGGCAGUGGCUGCAGCAGUAGUAGGAGAAAUUCCAAUGUAAUGUUACUCAGAAAAACACUGGAAGUUUCCUCAUUGUUUUUAAUGCUGCACAUUGGUUAAUAUGUAUGGAACCUAAAAUCAACUUCCAGAUCAGAGUUAGGGUGAUCAGAAAAAGGCAUUUUGAGAAAGAAUUGAUAUGCUGAAGAUACCUUUUUAAGGAAUCCUAGGCUGUUCCAUUAUAAAACAGAUGGGGAAAGCUUUCUUUGUUCUAUCUCACAUGAUAUGCCUCUAAUUCAUAGGCUAAACAUAUGUGAAGUACAUGUGAUACUGAGAGGGUUUAAAGAUAUGGGAAUUGUAAACAUUUUUCUUAUGUUAGGUUGUUUUGUGCAUGUGUAUUACUGAUGUUCAAAAAUAACUUUGCAUUAUUUUCUAUAUAGUUUCUCACUUCACGCUUUUUGAAAUCUGGGAAGUUGUCUUCAAUGCUUAUCUCUCAGCAUCCUGGGUCUCUUACUGUAUGUAUGUUUUAUUGGUACUCAGUUUCCAGUGGACAUACAAUUUAUGUAGCACCUUAUUUUGGUGCAAUAUAAUUUGUGCUUUUAAAAUUUUAAUCUGUUAUUAAAUGCUUAUGUGGGGUUUUGUCUAGCAAAGUUAUGGAAAACAUUGUGCAAUAGGAAAAUUGUUCAAGUGGAUUUUAAAUUAUUUAAACUUUAAGUUAUAUGUUUUUAAGUAAUACUGGUUCAAUUAUUUUGAUUUUCUCCUUUUGAAAAACAAAAUUCUUAAACUUAAAUAAAGCUAGUACUGUAUCUUCACAGCAAUGUACAGUUUUCAGUGAGAAGUAUGGCAAAGGAAGAUAACCUGAGCUGUAUUACUCUUUACAUUAACUUGUACAUUUUAGCUGGUGCAGUUACACAAUUUAACAGUGAUUCAACACACAUGAUGUGAAAUAGAUGACAGAUGUGUGGUAUAUUUGAGAGGGAUGGAGUGCCUUUUCCCCAUUAAUUUGUGAUGGGAUUGUUAUACUAGCUGAACACUUGUAUUUUUUUCUAAUAGCUGUGUCUGUCCAAUAAGUAUGUAUUCUCUUUUGGCUUUGUUUCCAAAACAAGCUGGCAUUUAAAAAUGCUUAGUACCAAGUAAUAAUGCAUGCUUUGCCAGUUCAGGUGAUGGCUUGCUGUGGGAACAGACAAGCUUUCAUUCUGUUUGGUUUGGGUACUGUUUUAAGGACAGUGGUGAAUGAUGUACAAGCUUUCUGUCAUGUUUACAUAACAAACAAAUACAUGCUAUACCAGUUCAAGUGUUUCCAAGAAUCUGCUUUUAAAAUGGAGAUUCUAACUUUGGAAAAUUUUAAUACUUUUUAAAAAUACACUAAUAUAUUGACAAAAAUAUAUUGUUGGGGGAGGACACACGUUUCUCUUUUAGAAGGAGAGUUAUUUUGGGGGUUCAGUCAUGUCUUUAUUUCUAAAAACCUUGAUCCUCUUUUUGAAGUCAGUGAGAACUUUGCCAUUAGCUUCAUUAGUAGUAGGACUAGGCUCGGGAUGAGCAUUGUAGCUGUUGUUGCAUUAAAAUGAUAUGCAUUAUUAUGUGCCAUUUGUAGUUAAUGUUGGCUUGGAGGCCCAACAUAAUACACUUUGGAGUAGAAAUAGAACAAAUAUUAUAAAGAAUACAAUACUGUAUGUACUGCUGAAUUUGUACAAUCAUUCCAACUGAUGAUACAGUAUAGACUCCACACUACUAAAAGCCUACCAUUGUGCUGACCAAGACACACAAUGUUACUGUGACCAAAGAGAACAGAAACCUGUUAAACCUCAGUAAUAGUCUGAAGUUGUAGGGCCUUAUUCUCAUGGAUUAGACUUACAGUACGUAUGCAUGCACACAGACCGAUGCUGACUUUUGGUUCCUAUCUGUGACAGAGAGAGAGAGAGAGAGAGAGAUACGCUCUCCCCGUGUAUGUUAUGCUAUUUGAUACAAAGUUUGCAGGUGUAGAAUGUCACCCAGCAUAGCUUUAGGUCAGGCUCUGUUUUACUGCUGAUUUCAUAUAGUGUAUAAAUACAGGGGCACACGAGCUACUUUUGUGUUACUGAAGUGUAAACAUCAGACUGCAAUGCAUGACAUUCUUUGUUCUUUUUAUAUUUUAAGUGCAGGAUACAAUGACCAAACUAGAGAAACAUCGAAGUACACAAAUGUCUCUAGUAUAGCUUUCUAAGGCUUCUCAUGUAGCCCAAGACACUGCUGCUAGAUUUGAUGCAGAUGUUUUAUAUUUGCCCUUCAUUCAGCACAAAAUCUUUGGCCUAAUUUCUGUAGCGUUCUCCUCCACCUCCUCUUCUGCUACCAGCAUAGACCCUGGACACUAGGUGCUGUUACUGUUGCCUCUAUGGGACUGCCAAGAUGCAUCACUUAUCUUCAAUAGAAAAGAGAAUGUAAAACAAACAGUGACAUGAUUUUGAAUAUUGGUACACAUUGAUCCAUUCUGCAUGAUGGAAGUUGAAGGUAGUCAUUCAGAAUCAGAACUGUGAAUGAUUUGGGCUGGCUGCAGUGUCUGCUACUCCCAACUGUAUUUGUGAACACAGAUUGCUGGACGGUAACUGCCCAUCUUGCUGUCUGGCCCCAGGUUGUGUAUCCUGGCCAAUGUCUGUUCUCUUAGCACCAGUGUGGUGUAUGGGUCACUCUGUUUCUGUAUGAAAAUAACAGCUGUUAUGUUAAGACAAACUGGUAUUUUAUAAGAUUGUAUAGUAUGGGACAUUUAAAUUUAAAAUAUUUGGAUUGUCUACUUAUAAAUGUCAUGGUGUUGUUUAUGCAUGAAGCAAUAAUUAAAGAUUUUGGUGUAAAAAUGCUUAAACUUCAAGCAUCCAAAAAUAUACUUAUGUCAGGAUAAGGACUUUGUCCCAGCUUACUUGGUAUGCUCACAUCCUUGCCAGCCAAAUUUAAUUUUAUUAAUUACCGGGGAGGGAGGGGGGAGAAUCCAGUUUGAUAGUCUUUUACAACAUUGUUUAAUCUCUUUAAAAACUCUGAUUUUAUUACAUUUUUCAUAGUGUCAACAUUUGAAUAGUUUCAUGUACUUAGCCAGCAAGCCUAGUCGUUACAAAACGUUACGAGGCAUGCAAAAUGCAUUAAAGGGCCACCUCUUAACCCAGGGCAAGAAUUCUUUUAUUGUAAAAUAAAGAUGUGGAGAAAGAAGUUGUUGAUGUCCGUGUUAGUCAGUCUUUUACAUUGCCUUCUGCAUAGAAACUCUGUGAUGUAUCAGUAUCUUACAAUUGGCAUUAUUUAUAUUUAUUGUGUGUAGCAACGUUCUGCCUCUAAUACAGACCAGCAUCUCUAGUUGAAUUCAAUGGAAGCCACUUAUACACAUCUGAGGAAAUAAUUUGGCUCUUGAUCAGAAAGUACAACUCAAACUACAGAAUUAAUUGGACCAGUCUGCUUUAACUCGCAUACCUCCUUAAGCCGGUUCACUUUUUAGAAAAAAAUACAUGGAAGCUGCUGUGUUUGGCUAAUUCCACUCUGUUUUGCUUAUUGUCUGUUUUAUAAGAGUCCUGCCCACUGUUAUGAAACUCCAGAAAAAUGAAAAUGAUACUCUGCCAUUCAAGAAAUCACAUGCAUAUAAGAAUAGUUACCAAUGUGUGUUCAUUCUAGUGACAUUGGUUCAGAUGGGCUGUGUGCGGUGCCUUAAGUGUUAACAGAAUACGGCCCUUACUCAUAGUCAAGACGAGUCCAAAAAUGCAUAGGGGAAAAAUUAUUUUUAAGCCUAACUACCAAUGAAUUUCUCAUGUCCUUUAAAAAUCCCAGCUACAGUACUUGCCUGCAUAGAUAAACUAUAUUCUGCAUUGUGCUAGAAGCAAUGUCUUAGCAAAGCAAGUUCUGUUAAAGUUGAAGCUCUCUAUCUAUAAUUUGUUUGUAUUCCAGUUGCACCUAGGAGUCCCAAAAUAAUCAGAAUAAUAAAGUAAUGGGUAGAAUGCUACUUUAUCCAUGCAGAACUGAAUUUCAAAAUACUAGGUUUUGGGGGCUUAUGUUUCAUCUUCCAUUUUUAUUACAAUCUUGGAUUAGCUCCAGUGCUCCAAAAUUGUUGAUAAUCAUUUUUAAAAAAUCACAUAAACAAAUUAUAUUUAGUAUAAUUCAUGUAUUGUUUGUAAAAAUGCAAGUCACUGACCCAUAUUAACACUGAAAAUAAAUUACAGAAUGUUGUAUAUCAUGCUAGUGGGUAGCGGAGCCAGAAAGAGGUUUCACAUCAUCCAGUCUAAUCCCCUGUAUAUUGCAGGAUGUUUUACUUAAAAAUCGAGUCCUGCAAUCUCUGUACUUACAGAACUCCCAUUGCUUGAACAAUGGCUACAGCAUUGGGGCCUACUUCACUAACUUGUCCCCUCUAAUCGGUAUCUAAGUAUCUAAAAUAAUGGAGCCCUACCACCUCUGUCGGUCUAACUGCCUGGCUGUUACGGUCCCCAGUGCUCAUCUCCACUGGUUGGGAGAGAAGCAAAGCAAUGAAAGGGGCAUCAAGUGCCAUGAAUGGGCAGGAAGGGUGUGGAGCUGAAGCAGCACACCCUCGCUUGUCACAAAGCAGUGGACACUUUGCCCACCUACUCUUUCAGGCUCAGCAGGCUCUUGGAGUUGGGGGGGAUCCAGGAAGCAGCUAUUCUCCAUAGAAUGCUUUCCCUACAGCUCUUUGGACUUCCAGCAGAUUGAGGCUCCAUGAAGCUUAGGGGAGACUCCCCUGGUCACUUUUUUAAGGCCUGAAGCUCCUCUCUUUUCCCACAAAAGACAUGGCUUCGAAACCAUGAUAUUUUGAUGUCCUAGCACUUCCUUUUUGGAGUUUGUAUAUAGGCAGGGUAGCAUGGAGGAGCAGUAGAACAUUUUUAUAUCUAGUCAAAACUCUUCAGUCCUUGUCUUCAUCCCAUUGCUUUUUUGUGCUAGCAAAUUCUGACCCCGUGAAUAAUUAUAUUCUUUAACUUCAAAGUAACAGGAAAAGUUAUUUAUCGCUUGCCCUUCUGUUGACCUUCGGUCUACUUUUGUAACCUAUAAAAAUAUAGCUCCCUAAUUUGUUCCUUAUGUUUUAUCCUUCAGUCUUUCUGCCAUAUAGUUGGCUGUUCCUUGUAUUUUCUUUUUCUCCCAAAAUGGUAGCACCCUCUUCAUGCAGUCUACUAGGUCUGGUUGCAACAGGGCUAUUAUUACUUUUGGUAUUACAUUGAAUUCUCCCUGCAAACACACACAAAUGCCGCCUUCUUUUUUUCAUUUUGCACCAGCAAUGCACCAUCUGUCCAUUUGCAACCUAUCUCCUACCGAUUUCUGUCAAACAGGUGACUUUUCCAGAUGUACAGCCUUUUGAUUCUUUUGAUCAUUUCUUCUCACUAGCUGCAUAACUUUACACUUGUUAGUAAUAAACGUGAUCUUGUUGAAGACAAUCCACACUCUUCUUGUUUACUAUCCCUUGAAUUUUGGACAAUCUACAACUUCGGACCUUGAGAAUCAUACACCUUCCUAUACCAUAUAUUAACAUAUUAAAUGGUAUGGGUCAUACCUGGAGGUUUAACUGUCAAUGAGCACUCUUUAUAACGGCUAAUUUUCGGACAUGUGCUAUAUUUGUAAUCUGAUAUAGUGGUAUCAAACUUAAUCAGUGGUUCUAUACUGGAUGUCUUGUUGAAAAUUUAACAUGAUCCAUCCAGACUUCCCUUUAACUUUAUUUUUUAGAUGGAAGGAUGGUUCAGAGGUUAGGGCACUAGCACUGGACUUCAUAUCUGAGUUCAAUUUCCUACUCUGCCAGACACUUUUGCAUGAUCUUGGUCAAGUCAUAGACUCUUGAUGGUAGUUCCUUGCCUCCAUAUGGGUAUUUUGAGGAUAAAUACAUGAAAGAAUGAGGCACUCAGAUACAAUGGAAAUGGGGAAACAUAUGUACCUUACAAAUUAGCAGUCAGGUUGCAGAAGGCCACUAGAUUUUUCACAUGCUCUUUCUAAUAAUCUCUUUUUUUAUAUAUAUAGUCUUAAACAUCUCUUCCAGUUUCCCCCCCUGUAAUAAUACACAUGAAUAUUCUGCUUGGAACAGAUGUUAUGUUCAUUGGCAGAAUUUCCUGUCAAAGUCUCCCUAAGUCUGAGCUGCUCUAACUUCUCAUGUAACUUGGGUAGAUCAAACAUUUUCAAUCCUGCCCUUCUCAGGAGGAGUCUGUCCUACUCUACCCAAUUGGUUUUCUACCUUUGCCCAUUUUGGACUUACAAAUAGGUCUGCUGCUUUCAAAACUUGGUGGUUGUGAAAUAGAGGCUGUGUUCAACCUGCAUGGCUGGGAUGUUUCCCAUGGUGACAGAGCUCACUUACCCUUUCUGCCACCAAGGCAGUUGCUUUUCACCUCUCUGCAAGCAGGGGCUGGCGACAGCAGGUAUAUUGGUUAAUAUGGGCCACAUAGCUGCAGCAGAAGCUAUCAUUCCAAUUUUAUCCCAGUCCAUGUGCAGUUCCUCAGUUGGGUCUUUAAAGGUCAACUUGGGGAGUAAACCCAUAAUAUCUUACCCAUCCUAGUGCUUCCUCUUGUGUUUGCCUCAUUCACCUGUUCAACAGCAGGUGUCCUAAGUUGUGCAACCUGAGCUCUUCCCUCUUAUUGAAUCCCUGCUACUAGGAAGAAGAGAGAAGCUGCUGCAGCACAUGAGGGAGGGCUGUGAGUUACCAUAGCACUUGGUCUACAGUUACUGGGUGAUGUACCAUGGGCUUUCUUCCUGAGACAGGGCUCUCCCUUUCCCUGCUAUCUCCCAUUGUUCCAUUCCCCUCUCCCUCCUCCUUCUUUAGGCCUUCUGGCUCCCAAGAGCUCCCAAAGAGGCUAAAUAGUUUGGGAAAACCAGGACAUCUUCCUAGUUGCUGAUUUUUAUUUAUUUAUUUUUGGUCCUGUGAUACAUCCCUGGACACGUUCACCCCGUCAUUCCUGCUUCCCAUCAGACAAUUGACAACAAGACAUUUCCUUUAGACUACAGGCCUAGAAGCUGAACUUUCAGCCCAAGAAAAAGCCUUUCCUAAGGUAAAUGAAUGUACAGGGAGCCCAAAGCACAGGCGUUAAUUUUAUUUGUAAUUCUUUGGUAGUCCCCUACUCUGUUCCCUUUUCAUUUUUAAGUUUGCGUUCUUGGAAAUACCACAGUAGGCAGGGAAUCUCUAAAUAGGAGUGCUUUAGAUGAGGCACCCUGGUUGUGGUAUUCAGCACCCCUCCACUGGUAAUUAAAGCGCUAUUCAGACUCUUCAUUAUUUCCAGGUCUCCUAUUGUGGGGCUCUGUUUCAUAGCAUUAGACAAGCUUCAGUUUAAGGCGCAGUCAGUGAAUGAUGUUCACUGAAACAUUGUGGAACUUCUGAAUAUAUAUUCUGGAACAUUUUCCAGUCUAAGUAUAGAUCUGUCUCACCAUAGUAUCUGAGAUGCCUUCUUUCACUUCUCUCUGACCAAUGGAAAUCAAACUUCCACCCUUUUAGCCAAGUGCCUGGAGUUUUUUCCAUGGUUGGUUCAAGAUCUUGACAAUGCUGCGAAGGAAGGACCUCUACUCUAGGAGUGAUUCAGGGAGAGCCCAAGGAGUACCUGGUUUGGAGUCACUCAAUUUAAUGGGAUUUUUUUAUUAUUAUUGGCUGUAGGAAAAUAUAGCUACUACACUCAGGUAUAUACCUGUGCUAGAACCUCCGUUUAGUUCUAUGUGUGCUAUGUACUCUGCACUUUUGAACCUCUCCACUCUGUGCCCUUGUUUUGAUGGACAAAUAGUUGCCUUUUAAUGGCCAUCACUAAAGCUUGGGGGAGGAGGGGUUUCCCAUCAUCAUCAUCAAAUCACCUCUUCUGACUCUAGUGAUAUUUUUCUUAAGAUUAUUUUGAGAAGUUCCAAGAUUUCCUCUGCUAGUUCUCUUAAAACUCUUGGGUUCAUCUUUCAAGCCCUGACUGAAGUUGAAAAGUAUCAGGCAAAAAUUAAAAUCUAUUUAACUAUCCAUCUGUUGCAUUUAAUCGUUUUCCUCACAAGACUCUCAGAUCUCCUUAAUGUUGUUGAUUUUUAAUUAAAAAAACCUGAGCAGAAUAGCUAUUUUUGGAGAUCUUGCCUUUCCAGUUUUUUCUGGUGGUUGUGACCUCUGCAUUCACAAGAAGAGCUAGAUGAAACCUUGAGCUUUCACUGAAGUAAGAUUUGGUGUUGGAGAAUCUAAUGAAAAUCAGGGACCCAGCUUGAUAGAAAUUCUCACCAUUUCUAGAUGUCUUUUUAUCCAUGCUUUUUGAUUAGGGUGACCAGAUGUCCCGAUUUUAUAGGGACAGUCCUGAUUUUUGGGACUUUUUCUUAUAUAGGUUCCUACUACCCCCCACCCCUGGUCCCGAUUUUUCACAUUUGCUGUCUGGUCACCCUAUUUUUGAUUGAAAAAGAUUUAAAAAAACAACAACAACUGUUCCCAUGAAAAUAAGUAUAGCUUGGGCUUUUUGUGCUCUGUUUUGUGCAGUAGUUUAUAAACUGCAAUUUACAGAAUUAUUUCAGAUUUUCACUUCAUAUCAGGUUAGAUUUUUGAACUGUCCAAAUCUUUGAAAAGUUAGAGGUAUCCAAACUUGGAACAUAGAUUUCAAGCCAACUUUUCUGUAAAAAAGAUAGAUACCAUCACUGUAAUAACCUAGUUCAUGUGGGCCAAAAUGAAAUGAGGAAAAACUAGAGGUUUUACAAACAGUUCUUACUGGCUGUCCAGCUCAAGCUCUCUCUCUGAUAUGUCAAACAAAAGCUCCCAACCCAUUUUUGAAAGCAAAAUUUAAAUGGUUCUGCAACCAACCCAAAGCAAUCUAAAGACACACUGAAAAUAUUUUUUUUAUGCUUCAUUUUAAGGAUCUACAAAAUCUAAUGGCUUUUAUUAUUGAAUGCUUUCUAGCUUUUUCCUAGUUUAUUUACAAUGAAAACGGUCUCAAAACAUGCUUUUAGGGCCAAAAAUGUUUUUAAAGUACACCCUGAUUUUGCAUGUUGCUCUGAUCAGACCUCUACAUCUGCCUGUGUAGAAAACUUGCAGGAUCAGGUCUUAAAUAUAAAUAAAAUAGUUUAGUCCCACUGCCUAUAGUUAGAAAGUAAUAGUAUAUGUAGGUGCCCAGUAGGUGGAGCUAAAUAUCCAGCAAUAUCAAACUGCUUACCAUUUAGCCAAAAUAAAGGCCCAAUCCUGCAAGCUGCUGAUCACCUUUCAACUCACAAUAGCAAGACCACUGUAGAAGAGAGAGAUGUGGCCAUCACAGAUUCUCUGUCCCUUUUGAAUAUGGCUGAUUAAAAUAUAAACUGUUUAAUGGGAUUUUUAGUGAACACUGUGUAAUGAUGUUCCCUUUUUAGCGAUGAAAAUUCUAAACUUAUAAUGUAGAAAUUGUAAUUGUCAUCUUAGGUCCCAACCCUGGGAGCUCUGUGACUUCACAUGAUGUGAAACCAUUCUCCCCUGAGUAGUCCCAUUGAACAGGAUGAAAGCCUAAAGUAAUGGACUUCUACUCAUAAGUAGAACCAAGGUGCAGGAAACUCAGUGGGAGUUAGGUCAGGGAACAGAAUUCACAUCUUCAAUCUGUGGAUGAGCCAGAGGGCUGCAACAUAGUCCCUUGGCUACAUCUACUCAGACUAGGGUUUUUGCACAACUGUGCUAUUUCUGCAGAGUCUCUUACAUACGGCGCCAAAGUGGUGCAGGACAGAACAUCUUGUGUAGGUCCUCAACACUUGGGUGAAAUUCAUCUGUAGUGUGAGGUUCUUCUUGUGGGGGUUAGUGGGUACAUGAAGGUUACAUGGUACAUGUGAAAAGAAAGGUAUACAAAGAUUUGCAUGCAUUAUAUGCUGAUAUAUAGUAGUAAUGCUUCUACUUUUAAAAAAGUCUUUGUAUUGCAAAAUUUCAGACUACUGUUAUUCUAAACCCCAGAUUUGAAGACUAUUUCAGAGCACAUAUAACCCAAAAACUAAGCUACAUAUUAAAAAAAGGGGAAAUUAUAUGUUAAAAGAGAAAAACUUAAAGCUAGUUUUAUGUUGUUUGUGGUGCAGUAACGUUAGCAAUCUAGCCCUGAGCAUGAACUUCAGUAUGGUUUCUAAUAGUUAUGUUGCCUCUGACACAUUGUAUUGUGCAUACAUACUGUAUAUACAAAAGUUAUGAAAAUCUAUAUGCCACAUAGAGACGUUUUGUGCAAAAAUAUUAUAGGUUAGCUAUUCCAAUUCUGGAAUUAUCACAACUGUUUACAAAAACAUGAGUCUGGAUGUUGGAUUUUUAAUCUGCCUUUUAGAAUAUUUCAGCUGUCUAAAAUGAUCUUUCUAGCAUGGUUAAUUCACUUGUAAAUGAAUGUAUAGAAAAUUGAUAAUGAGAAAAAAUACAUUUAUUUUGCAAAUUAAGAUAUCCUGACCUACAUGAACAAUUUUUAGAUUAUUAGAAAUGUCUGAUAUUAAUUCAUGCCUUUUUAAAUAAUGACUUAAAUAUUGCAAGAUUAGAAGCAAUAUGGAAUGUAAAUAUAUUAAAAAGUUAGGCUCUGGUUCAGCCAAAAGCAUUUCAUAACGGGAGUGAACAAUGGAAGCAACUUCAAAAAAAUGCAGCAUUUAAUCUCUAGAUACCAUUGUGAAUUUUGCAUCAGUAUCCAACAUUGAAGUCAAUGGAAGUUUUUCAAUUGGUGCUGGCUUGUGCCUGUGAUGUGGUAUUUAAGCAAUUUAUUUAUUUUAUUUAAGGUAUUGACACCAAUGGGGCUAUUCACAGAGAAAAGUACUACUCAGCAUGAGUAAAAGUGCAGCAAUCUAGCCCUGAGACUGAACUUUUUCUCGAUUUGUUAGGCACAUUUGAUGAAACAGCUUAUGUUAUUCUUAUGUAGGGCUUGAUCCCGCAGGGUGCGAAGCACUUUGGCCUGAUCCAGCAAAGCACUUGCUUAACUUUAAUAUUUCCCCACUGACUUCAAUGUGUUUAAGUGUUUAGCUGUACAGGCCAGAGUGUUCAAUACCGUGUAGGAUUGAGCCCAUACUAAGCUAAGAUGUCAUAAUAUUCCUGAAAAACAAAAUGAAUAAAUUGUAUCAGGAAUUAUUUGGCAGUUAGGUGACAAAUAGUGUAUAACAAGUCCAUUAUGGACAAUGGCUUUGUGUGCCUAUCUAUUUAUGUGCUCUAAGAUUUUACAUAUCCUUCACGGUAUUAGAUCUUCUCCAUUACCUACAUGUAAUUUAUUUCUCAUGCAAGGAUGCAUUUGAAAAAAGUUGUUCCUAAUCCCUGUAUGAUAUUGCAAAAAUGAACAGCCAGUGAAUGGCUGCCUUUAAACUAAAUGCUUUAUGAAAAUAUUCUUCAGCCAAGUACCUUUAUUAAAAAAACAAAACAAAAACAAAAAAAAACCUGAGAACCCAAGUCAAUUUGCACCUACUGUAUGUAUAGUUUCAGGACAAGACCAUAUAUAAAAGGAAUAAAAUGUUUUGUUGCGAAAUA